AUGGCCCAGCUGCGYGUCCUGCGCUGCCUCCUCGGCCGCGGCGGGAGCCUCCUCUGCAACCUCUACUGCGCCUGGAGCGCCCAGGAUGUGGAAGGAACUGCCCUUUCUGUCCUUGUGAGGACAUCUUUAAUCAGCCUCCAGCAUGAGGUGAGCUCUGGAGAUGUUGGUGCUUCUGUUGGGCUCCUGGCUGAGGGGGAAUCGAUGAGAGCAAGUGCGUGUGAACCGCUGGAUAGCGCGUGUUUGGGUGGUCGGAAGGCUUCAAAAAACAGGGAUGGAAAAGAGCGGAGUGAAACUGUGUCACCAUCAGAGGAAGAAGAAGCUUUCUCUUGGCCUGGUCCAAAAACUGUUGUGUUGAGGAGGACAUCUCAGGGUUUUGGCUUCACCUUAAGACACUUCAUAGUUUAUCCUCCAGAAUCUGCAGUUCAGUUUUCUUUUAAAGAUGAAGAGAAUGGCAAUAGAGGAGGAAAGCAAAGAAACAGGCUGGAGCCAAUGGACACCAUAUUUGUUAAACAAGUGAAAGAGGGUGGGCCUGCUUUUGAAGCUGGACUCUGCACAGGUGACAGAAUUAUAAAAGUCAAUGGAGAAAGUGUUAUUGGAAAGACCUAUUCUCAAGUCAUUGCUUUAAUACAGAACAGUGACAGCAUAUUGGAACUUAGUGUUAUGCCGAAAGAUGAGGACAUCCUUCAAUUGCUGCAGUUUACAAAGGAUGUCACAGCACUGGCAUAUUCCCAGGAUGCCUACCUGAAGGGCAACGAAGCCUACAGUGGCAAUGCCCACAACAUACCCGAACCACCACCAAUAUGUUACCCGCGCCUGACGCCUGCCGCCUCGGGCCCGGCGCAGGCUGGUGACAAACUGGCUUCUGAUUUCCCUCUGGGGAAGCAGCAAGUCCCUAGACCAGUCCGGGCGGUGACCCAGCCAGAGAGGGCCUACAGAAUGGAAAUACAAGUGCCUCCAUCACCAACAGACAUUGCAAAGUCCAACACCGCGGUGUGUGUCUGCAAUGAAACUGUGCGGACUGUUAUUGUGCCUUCUGAGAAGGCUGUAGAUCUGCCAUCUUGUAGAAAUAACCACGCUGGUCCAUCACACAGGACAGAGGAAGUGAGAUAUGGCCUGAAAGAGCAAACCUCUCUAAAAGCGCGGACCACGUCGCCACCUUCCUCCGUGUCCACUGCCAUCAUACUUCCGCAGACUCCCAUAACAAGGCCGGUUGAUCCGACUGGCCCCAUAGGCAAAGCCUCCAACUAUGUAGUGUGUCCGGAAGGAAUGCCAAGCACUAGAGCUCCCGCUGCAGCCCCGGAGUCGCCCCCUGUCCCCGCRAACCAUUACAGCCCCACCUCCCACCAGCACAUCGACUGGAAGACCUACAAGACCUACAAGGAGUACAUCGACAACAGGCGCAUGCACAUGUACGGCUCGCGAACCAUCCAGGAGAGGCUGGACAGCCUGCGGGCGGCCUCCCAGAACACGACCGACUAUAACCAGGUGGUGGCGGCUCGGCCUGCUCCGCAGGUGCGCCGCCGCAGCACCUCCCACGACCGGGUGCCGCAGGCAGCGCAGAUCCGCCAGCGGAGCGUCUCGCAGGAGAGGCUCCAGGAGCCCGUGCUCAUGAAGGAGUGGCCRCGGAGCGCUUCCCAGGACACCCUGACCUCACCCUCCGUUAACGGCAGGAACCACCGGGCUCGCUCCUGGGAUUACCUGAGCAAGCAGGGYGAAACGCUGGAGAGCUUCCCUUCCGAGACUCUCAUUGCAGAGGCGAAUGGAGAUAGGAGGAAGCCUUACAAGUGGACGGGAUUCACUGAACAAGACGACCGGCGGGGUAUUUACGAGAGGCCGAGGCAACAUGCAUUUCAUAUGUCCCUUCGAGGCCAAAACUUUCCUAUGGCUCCGAGCACUUAUAUUUCAGACAGUAGGAGAGUAGGUAGUAGAGCUUCACUGUCCGCUUCUCACUUCCAGAAGGUUCCACCAGAUAUAAAAAUGUUCCAGUCCUCUCGGGAUUUGCAGUCUCCUGGGGGGCUAUCAAAGCCUACAGCUGUUUCACAAGAGAGAGUGUCUCUUGCAACUGCUAGAGGCUUUAAAAGUAGCUCUCUGAAGAACCCUGCUUCCUAUGCAGCAAAACCAUCGUUUCCCCUUAACCAGAGCCUGGAUGUUCUUGCCAGCAAAGACCAAAGAACAGUCAAUCACUUGCAUCAGAGUGGUCUGUUAAAUCAGCAGCCCAGGGCCCGAGCAGAAGGUUCCCCAGACCACAAAACAGACGCUGGCAAAAGCACCCAGCCCCCUGCUUUGUCUGCGGCCUCUGCCAAACUUGUUCAUCCAACAAGUGAGAGUUCAGCUACCUCUGACAACAUAGAUGAUUCUGUCAGACAGAGUCACGAACUGGAAAGGGAAGAUGUCCGAGAGCCUGAAACGCUGCAGCCYGAUGGUCCCGAAAGCCACAAAGAAGUAGUUGUCAUGAGGGAUAAGUCACCUUCUGGCCACCAAACUCCCCAGCCUCUGAGACACCACUCCUACAUUCUGGCUGUGAAUGACCAAGAAGCUGCUUCAGAUACCACCUGUUGGUUACCUAAYGAUGCUCGCAGAGAAGUCCACAUAAAAAGAAUUGAAGAAAGGAAAGCCUCUGGUUCCAGCCCACCUGGCGAUUCCUUGGCUUCUAUUCCCUUCAUUGACGAGCCCACCAGCCCCAGCAUCGACCACGAUAUCGCCCACAUUCCGGCUUCCGCGGUUAUUUCGGCAUCGGCAUCGGCCUCGCCRGGACCUGUGGUGACAACCGUCCCUCCCAGCCCCGCGUCCCCAGUCCCUUUACUUCGCCGGCAGCUUUCACACGACCACGAAUCCAUAAGGCCUAGUGUCCUGGAUAGCCAGCCUGCCAUAAAAACUGAGAGAUCAAAGUCAUACGAUGAAGGGUUGGAUGACUAUAGAGAAGAGGGAAAAGUAUCCAUUAAGCAUGUAUCUAGCUUGAAAGGGAUCAAGGUCCCAGACAGUCAAAAAUCAUCAGAAGACUCUGGUUCCCGGAAAGAUUCUUCUUCGGAGGUCUUUGGUGAUGCUUCCAAGGAAGGAUGGCUCCAUUAUCGUCAGCUUAUCAGAGGAAAGCGAGUGAGUGGAAGCAUUCGGCCAUGGAAACAAUUGUAUGUUGUUCUUCGGGGCCAUUCGCUUUAUUUGUACAAGGAUAAAAAGGAACAAAUGACCCCAUCUGAAGAAGAACAACCUAUCAGCAUCAACGCUUGUUUGAUAGACAUCUCGUACUCUGACACCAAGAGGAAAAAUGUAUUCAGGCUCACCACGUCAGACUGCAAGUAUCUGUUUCAAGCYGAGGACAGAGACGAUAUGUUAGCGUGGAUUAAAGCAAUACAAGACAACAGCAACUUAAAYGAUGAGGAUACUGGUGUCACUAGCAGAGAUCUAAUUAGUCGAAGGAUUAAAGAAUACAGUACAAUGAUGAGCUCUUCAAGCAGCAAAACAGAGCCCUCUCCCAAAACACCUCGUCAGAGCCUAAGCAUCAGGCAGACUCUGCUUGGAGCAAAAACAGAGCCGAGGACCCAGAGUCCACAUUCUCCCAAGGAUGAAUCUGAAAGGAAGAUUCUCACUAAAGAUGAGACGAGCCCACCAAAAGACAAGGGGACAUGGAAAAAAGGCAUCCCGAGCAUCGUGAGGAAGACGUUUGAAAAGAAGCCAUCUGCUAUGGGAACAUUCGGAGUUAGGCUUGAUGACUGUCCCCCAGCUCAAACCAAUAAAUGUAUUCCCCUGAUUGUUGACAUAUGUUGCAAACUGGUUGAAGAGAGGGGACUUGAGUACACMGGUAUUUACAGAGUUCCUGGAAAUAAUGCUGCCAUCUCAAGCAUGCAGGAAGAGCUCAACAAAGGAAUGACUGACAUUGAUGUACAUGAUGAUAAAUGGCGAGACUUGAAUGUAAUAAGCAGUUUGCUGAAAUCCUUCUUCAGAAAGCUCCCAGAACCUCUUUUUACCAAUGACAAAUAUGCAGAUUUCAUAGAUGCUAAUCGAAAGGAAGAUCCUGUUGAACGUCUGAAAACACUGAAGAGACUGAUUCACGAUUUACCAGAACAUCACUAUGAGACUCUCAAGUUUCUUUCUGCACACCUGAAGACAGUAGCAGAGAAUUCAGAAAAGAACAAGAUGGAACCGAGAAACUUGGCGAUAGUUUUUGGUCCAACGCUCGUGAGGACGUCUGAUGAUAACAUGACACACAUGGUCACGCACAUGCCAGAUCAAUACAAAAUUGUAGAAACACUCAUUCAAAAACAUGACUGGUUUUUCACAGAAGACGAUGCUGAGGAACCUCUUACAGCAGUUCAGGAGGAAAACACUGUAGAAUCUCAGCCAGUGCCAAACAUAGAUCAUUUACUCACCAACAUUGGAAGGACGGGAGUAUCUCCUGGAGACGUAUCAGAUUCAGCCACUAGUGACUCAGCAAAAUCUAAGGGUUCUUGGGGCUCUGGAAAGGAUCAGUAUAGCAAGGAACUGCUGGUGUCCUCCAUUUUUGCAGCAGCUAGUCGCAAGCGGAAAAAAACGAAAGAGAAACCGCAGCCGAGCAGCUCGGAAGAUGAGCUGGAUAAUGUGUUCUUCAAGAAGGAGCUUGCGGAGCAAUCCUGUGGCGACGCGGCAAAAGAGGACUCGGCUAAAGAGGAGUGUGAAAAAGAGAGGGACACGGGGAGAAAACAGAGGAUGUUUAUCCUGAAGGAAAAAGAGAACAGCAGUAAAAAAGAUGCGAAUGUUGUGAAGGAGAAAAARAAGUUGUUAAAGAAAGAAAGCCCCUUGUCAGAGGAGCCUUCACUGCCUUGCCCUGAAAACCCCCCCAAGUCGCCGCCCCUCGGCGUGCAGAGCAGCACCCCCAAGGUGCYGGCUCCACAGGCCCAUUCCCAGGUUGAGGAGACAGUGUCCGACUCUGGCACUAUGCUCAGCUCUUCUUCCCAGGCUUCCCAGCACAGAUACUCAUGCAAAAAAGUAGCCAGCCCUGAACUGAAGCACAGCGAGUUCCUAGCAGCUGAUGUCAGUUCCAUCACCUCCGAUUAUUCGACGACUUCCUCUACCGUCUACCUGGCGGGCCUGGACGCGGCGCUGCUGAGCCCCGAGGUGCAGUCGGUGACGGAGAGCAAGGGCGAGGAGGCCGACGACGAAAGGAGCGAGUUGGUCAGCGAGGGGCGGCCCGUGGAGACCGACAGCGAGAGCGACUUCCCCGUGUUCGCCGCGAGCGCCGCCGCCGCCGAGCGGCUGCCCCAGGCCAAGGGGGCGACCGCGGUGAAGGCGAGUCGCAGGAACUCGGAGGAGAGCGAGGUCAGUUGCACGGAGGGAAGCUCCACGCCCCGGCUGGAGAGCCGCCGGCUCUUCAGCUCCCACAAGCUCAUCGAGUGCGACACGCUGUCGAGGAGGAAGUCUGCGCGGCACAAAACGGACAGCGAGGGCUCGGGGGAUGCCAGGAGCGACAAGGACUUGCCUGCCGUGAGCAAGGUGUUGGACAUGAUGAAAAAGGGGAGGUCCACCAGCAGCUUGGCCGCGUCGGCCAGAGGCGAGGCUGAUAAGCAAGAGCCCACCUGGAGGCUUAAGAUUACGGAUAGGUUAAAGCUGCGACUCAAAUCGUCUGCGGAUGAUAUGUUUGGAAUUGGGAGUCAAAAAUCCAGCUCUGCAGAGACUGCRAAGAGAAAAAACAUCCGGCGAAGGCAUACGCUGGGAGGACAGAGGGAUUUCGCCGAAAUAAGUGUCCUGAAUGCCUGGAAAGCUCAAGAUCCGAGUCAAGGGAAAGAGAGGGAAUCGGAGCUUUCCGCUGUGAAUCGGCUGAAGCCCAAAUGCCCGGCCCAAGACCUCUCCAUCUCGGACUGGCUGGCGCGAGAACGUUUACGCACGAGCACAACCGACCUGCACGCGGCUGAGCCGGGACGGGCCAGGCUGGAGGACACGGACCCGGCAGGAGCCUCCAGCGCGGAGCCGCCUCCGGAGGCGCAGGCCGACGGCGGCGGCUCCUCCAGCAGCUCGGCUUCCACGAGCAGAACGGCGGCGGCGGGACCAUUCCAGGCACCGGAGCAGGUGAACGGCGACAGCUUCCAGCCCAUGAACAAGAGCAACUUCAGCCCCGCGCUCGACGCCCACCCUCAUAAACUGUCCGGCACCCAAGUGGUUCGAUCCCGAUUCUACCAGUACCUUUGAAAUGGGGAGAUGUGUCCACGGCAGCAAUUCAUCAGCUCACUGUUACACUUCCCAGUAACUGUGUGUGUGUAUGUGUGUGCGUGUGUGUGUACAUAUAUAUAUAUAUAUAUAUAUAUAUUUUCCUGUACUGUUGUCGUUAUGCAGCCUUCAUUUGGGCUGGUUUCAUCAAUGUGCACUGUGGAACUGUCUUCACGGUGCAUCACCACAGCCAGAAGAACACUAAAGUUAAAGUAUAUAUAUAUAUUUUAAGAAAAAGUAUAUUUGAUGGCUGCAUACAAAUGUUGAACGAAGCAUCUGAUGCAACAUGCUGUGUGGUGUAUACAUGGUUUUACAAUGGAGAAACGAUGGCCUGGCAUUAGUAUGCAGAAAAAUUGUUCUUUUGGUUUAGUCACUAACAAGUGCCUCAUCAUAAAGUCAUUUGGGUUGUUAGGGUGCCAUAUUGUUAAAUUAGAGAAACUUUAUUACAAACAAAUGAAUGCAUUUUACUGUUCAUGAGUUUCACUACAUUUUACAAAUGUUAACACAGGUGGCUGCAGAGCUUCCAUUCCUUAGGCAUUCCAGUAAAUCUCGGAGUUUUAUAUUUCCAGUUUUAAUACAGAUUUUGAGUUUUAUGUGACUUGAAUUUUUAAUCUUUCUGUAAAAUAAGUAACUUAAAUGUACAUAUUACACGUGUAUCUUUUCUUGAGAUACCAGAUUUGAUAUAAAUGUUGUAACAUAGGCGUGUAGAUAGUGGAUACUGGAUGGAACUGGUUUCUUUUAUUGAGAAUAUAAUUCUGCAUGAAGACCUAAUGAAUCCAAACCUGUAUCAUGCCU